AUGGCACAAUCAUCACCAUCGUCCCUCCCACAGAACCAAUGUGUCCCGGCCUGCGAUGACAAUACUGGUCGCCCGAGCGGCGCGUACGAGAUGGCCUCGACAAUCUCCAAACCUAUGCUUGCAGAAUGCAAUGCGCUCCCAUCCACAUACAUUCUCUACCUUGAUGCGCGGAUAAACGAGCUUGGGAGGACGAUUGAGAAUGAUUUCGCGUCUAUCAGGGAGAAAUAUGCCACUCCCAAAAACCCCAUUGUACUGGCCCACGGCCUCCUUGGAUUCGACGAGCUGCGGUUAGGAGGAAGAUAUUUCAGAGGAGUCCAAUACUGGCGGGGAAUCACCGAUGCCCUCCGCGCAAACGGCAUUGAAGUCAUCAUUGCCUCCGUUCCACCAUCCUCAAGCAUCGAAGAACGAGCCGCGAAAUUGUGCAAGGAUAUCGAAGAGAAGGCAGAUGGAAAGAGCGUGAACAUCAUCGCACAUAGUAUGGGAGGUCUGGAUUCAAGAUACAUGAUUUCUCGACUGCGACCCGACAAUGUGAAUGUCCUCUCGCUCACCACCAUCGCUUCGCCGCAUCGAGGCUCGUAUUUCGCGGACUUCUUAAUCGAGGAGAUUGGACCGAAUGUGUUGCCAAAAUUGUAUAAUUUCUUUAAUGGCCACGGGAUUAGUACGGGGGCGUUCAGUCAGUUGACGCAGAAAUAUAUGCAGGAGGAGUUCAACCCGAAGACCCCUGAUGUUAGAGGUGUACAAUAUUUUUCUUAUGGGGCGACGGUGGAACCGGGGAUGUUUAGUCCGUUUAGACAAUCGCAUGCUAUUGUUGAGAGAAAGGAGGGUCCUAAUGAUGGGCUGGUCAGUAUUCAUAGUGCUCAAUGGGGGACUUAUAAGGGAACUUUGAUGAAUGUUAGUCAUUUGGAUCUUAUCAAUUGGACGAAUAGACUGCGGUUCUGGCUAUGGAGGUUGGUUGGGAUCGAGAGGAAGUUCAACGCUAUUGCAUUCUAUCUCGACAUAGCUGAUAUGCUGGCGAAGGAGGAUCUCUGA